GAGAGGUGAACUUUCGAAGGGAAUGUUUGGAUGCGCAUAACUACGUACGCGCUCAGUACGGUUGUCCACCGCUCAUCUGGUCACAAGAACUAUCCGAUCUCGCUCAUACUUGGGCUGUUAAACUUGCCGAAAGAGGACGGAUACUCUAUCCCGAAUUACCCGGUAUAGGCGAAAAUAUUCAAUUAUCAACGGCUGACGACCACUCGCACUUGCCAUCCGGUGCUGAGAUCACGGAACUGUGGGCGAAGGAAGCCGAAGAUUUCGACUUCGAAAGACCUCGAUGGCAGCCGAGAACUCAGCAUUUCUCUCAAAUGGUUUGGAAAGAAACGUUUGAGGUAGGUAUAGCUCGAUAUUGGAACACACCGAAAAAUUGUAUCGCUGUCGUUGCCUUUUAUCGGCCUGCCGGAAAUUCGAAUGCGCCAGGU